UCACAACUUCCAUAAACUUCAAAAGAGACUCGACUCGAGUAGGUUCUCUCACCUGUUCCUUCCCCCCUCGUUCCAAAUUCUUUUCCCAAAUCUCUCCGGCGAUCUUCCCAGGAGUUUUCUUAAUCUCAGUUCGAAUUUCGAUGCGGCAGAGCUUGGUGAUUUUGCAAUCGUAAUAUUGAAUUGUACUCGAAGUGGUUAAUUAGCUGAGGUAUAAUCUUCAUAAUGAUUUUCACGGCGAUUGAUACGUUUUAUCUGACGGACGAGCAAUUGAAGAAUUCUCCCUCAAGAAAAGACGGGGUUAAUGAAUCGACGGAAAAUACUCUUAGAAUCUAUGGUUGUGAUCUCAUCCAAGAGGGUGGAAUAUUACUUAAAUUACCUCAAGUGGUAAUGGCUACGGGACAGGUCCUUUUUCAUCGGUUCUACUUUUACGUACAACAUUAUGUGUCAGAUUUAAAAGUGAAGUUGUCGCGUGUGGGGUUGUGUAUGCUGCUGCUCGUAGAUUCCAGUUUCCUCUCCCCGAGAACCCUCCAUGGUGGAAAGCAUUUGAUGCUGAAAAGUCGGGGAUUGAUGAAGUUUGUAGAGUCCUCGCACAUUUAUACAGCAGGCCCAAAGCACAGUAAUAUACCGGUGUGUAAAACAGGAGACUCUUCAACACCAUCAAAUAAGUCAUGGGAUACUCAAGCUCAACAAAUUCCAAAGGAAGGUUCGGCAAAUGGUCCCGCAGCAGGAUCUACCGUCAAGGGGGAAUCAGCUCUAGCUUCUAAUAUGGAGUCUGGCGGAUCAAAGGAUUUAUUGGUGAAGGUAUCCCUUGACAAAAUGAAGGAGAAGGGUGAUGAUGACGUUAAUAGUGCUCCCCACGAAGGUAAAACUUCACUGAAGCCCAAGGUGGAGCAGAGAAUAGAAGGUAGUGGAGAGAGGAGCAGGGAGAGGGAAAGGGAGAGGAUCAAGCCUCGCGACAGUGACAGAGGGAGGGAUUUCGAUAGAGAACGGGAGCGAGAGAAGGGAGAGAGAGAAAGCAGAGAUAAACUAAAGGAAAGAAGUCGCCGGUCCAAGGAUAGGGGUAAAGACUCAGGAGGCUACACUGAGAAAUCAAGACAUCACUCGUCUCGUAACCGCGGGGACUACCACAGCUCCUCAUAUUCAUCCAGGGAUAAGGAUCGACACAGACACCAUCCAUAUGCCUGAGCUUCGAGUUGCAUUUUGAGAUUUACCUUUCACAUUCACAUUUUUGCAACUCGAGUACUGUUACUAUUAAUAGUGUAUAAAUACAUAUUGUUAACCUUUUUGAUUGAUCCAUCAGAAAAAUGAAAACCAAUUUCACUCUAGGCUUUCUGAGCAAGUUGCAUUCUACUGAAAGCAUAAGCGGCCAAAAUUGAUUUCCUAACAUUUGGUUGAAUUGUGACCGAUAGUAAAGCCACUUAUUAUCAGAGGUGUUUUAG